AUGAGAGAGCUUCCAGUAACAACAUUACUUGAGUGCCUUAGAAACCUGAUUCAAAUAUGGAGCUACAACAACAAAAAAGAAGCAGAGGCAACCUUUACAAACUUGCCAAAGAAACAAGAGAAAUACUUAAGAAAGAACUUUGUCAAGUCAUUAAGAAUGACUGUAGAACCAGCUAGCACACUCAUUUACAGUGUACAUAGUGGUUUAACAACAAACAUUGUAGACAUUGCAAAGAAAUCAUGCACUUGUAACAAGUUUGAUUUGGAUGAAUUACCUUGUGAACAUGCCAUGGCAGUCAUUAGAAAGAUGAACCUUCAGUAUAAAAAAUAUUGCUCAUAUUAUUUCACAAAACAAGCCAUGUUAAACACCUAUAAUGCAUCAAUACAUUCAUUGGGAGAUCCAAAAUCAUGGAGAGUUCCACCUAAUGUUGAGGAAAUAGAAGUACUACCUCCAAAGGGAAACAGAAAAAGUGGAAGGCCAAGGAAAAAAAGAUAUGUUACAAGUUUCUAA